AUGGACAGGCGAACCAGGGGGAGGGCGGAAAGGAUGGAUACUGAGACUGCCCUGAUUCCUUUGAGUCGAAUGGAAAGGACCCAGUGGAUGGGGGCCCAGAAGCUGGCGACAAGCCUCUCGAUCCUGAUGGGGGGAAUGAAGAAUCACAUGCUAGAGACAGCCCAAGACUCAGUGGUUGAGCAUAACAUUAGCCUUAUGGCAAUGACUCUGGUUGGAAAAUUUUUGGGCCCGAGGUCAAAUAUUGAUGUUGUCAAGGUGUUUGCUAAAUGUAAAUGGGCGCUUAAAGGUCAAGUGGAGAUCACUGCUAUGUCCAAAGGUGCACUGUCGAUGGCCUUUUCAUGUGAGGAAGACAUGUCGAUGGUGCUUUGUGAUGCUCCUUGGUUGAUUGUAAAAUCUACGCUUGCACUACAAAAGUGGUCGCCUAUGAUGGCCUUAAAUGAAUCCUUUUUUGUACAAGUUUCUGUUUGGGUCAAAUUGUCGGGCCUUCCUCUAGAGUUAUGGGUUGAAGAUGUUUUUAAAGGAAUCGCUAGUUCCUUUGGGGAACUCUUAUCUAUGGAUCCUAUCACAACAGCUAGAAGAAGACUUACCUUUGCAAGGAUUUGUGUGGGAGUUAUGCAAGGCAUGGACAUGCCCUUAUCUAUCAAGAUUAACUCCAGAUUGGGGAAGUGGAUCCAACCUAUGGAAUAUGAAAGUGUCCCUUUUGCAUGUUUUCACUACAAAAAAUCAGGGCAUACUGCUAGAAAAUGCCCACUACAGGUCGUCAAAGAGAACGAGAAGAAAGAUAAGACAACACAAUGGAGAGCCAAAAAACCUGCUAAGCAACAAGAGAUUGUUGAAAAAUAA